CGAAUAUAUGAUUCAGCAUUGACGUGCUUGAUUUGAAGCGCAUCAUUUUUCAAAGAAUUCAAAAUGAAAUAUUCUACAUCACCACCAGUAAGUAGGUGUAAUUCUCCUGGCCCAAGUGAAUUGGGCUCAAAUUUGCCAAUGCCAGUUACUUACAGACAAGAUUGUAUGGGGGCUGCAACAAAAUGUUACAAGUAUUUAAGGAAGCUAUUAAAAUUUGAACAAAUGGAUUUCGAAUUUGCCUUGUGGCAAAUGAUAUUUUUGUUUAUAUCACCACAGAAAGUAUAUAGAAAUUUUCAAAGUAGAAAACAAACAAAGUCACAAUUUGCAAGAGAUGAUCCUGCAUUUUUGGUACUACUAAUGUGUUGUUUGUGUAUAUCUUCUAUUGGUUUUACAAUAGUUUUGGGAUUAGGAUUUCUUCAAUUUAUAAAGCUGCUAUUUUAUAUGAUAUUUAUCGAUUAUCUUGCAGCCGGUUUAAUAGUAGCCACAACAUUUUGGUUUAUAACAAAUCGUUAUUUACGAGUUGAUAAAGUUCAAGAUGUAGAAUGGGGUUAUGCAUUUGACAUUCAUUUGAAUGCAUUUUUCCCACCUUUAGUCAUACUUCAUAUUGUGCAACUAUUUUUGUAUAAUGGACUUAUAAACUAUGAUACAUUUUCAUCACGAUUUAUUGGAAACACAAUUUGGUUAAUAGCUGUUGGGUACUACAUUUAUAUUACAUUUUUAGGAUACACUAGCAUUGAAAUACUUCAUAAACCACAUGUGAUAUUAUCUGCAUUACCAGUAACAUUACUGAUGUACAUUAUGACAUUGUGUGCAGGUAUUAAUAUUAGUCAUUUAGUUAUGGAAUUCUACCAUUAUCGAGUUGUCUAA